AUGACGCCCUCCCACGACAUCCACCUCGGUGCAGCCGCCCUCCUCCUCGGUACGAUCCACCUCCCUUCACCCUCCACCUUCCACCCCCCACCUUCCACCCCUUCCUCGCCUCGAGCAAUCACUCGAGCUCUCAUUUCCACCUCAGGGCUGUGCGCGGUGCAGAUCCACGGCGUGAUGAAGGUCGGAAACGAGAGUGGUCUCGGACAGUGCUUCGUCUGCCACUCCAUGAAUCAGAGCCAAGGGGAGAAGUGCGUCGACCUCAAUCUCACCGCGUUCAACGUUCCCGUCGAAGACUGCGCCCCCGAUUACUGUUUGGUCCGCCGUUACAAGUACGCCAUCCACAACGACACCCAGAAGUGGCACACGUGGGCCGUCCGUCGGAACUGCACCGACGAGUGCCACCCCGGCUGCGUCCUGAUGGGCCAGCGGACCAAGAUCCACAUCUGCACCUCCUGCUGCACCACGCACCUGUGCAACGUGGGGGACCAGGCCCCGUCCGCCCUCGGCCCCCAGCGGCUCCUCCUUCUGCCCUCCUUGGUGGCCGUGACCCUCCUCGGCACUUGACUCGAGCGAGGUCGAGUGAGGUCGAGCGAGGUCGAGUGAGGUCGAGGGAGGUCGAGUUUCCUGCGUUUCGCUCCGAAGCCCCGAAAAAGACGUGCAGUCUCGGUUUGUGCAAUCUCAGUCUUCGCGUUUAGGAUUUUCCAGGACAAUAAACUUGUUUUUACCCCG